AUUUCAUUUUUGUCUUGUCAUUUUAAAAAUGGCUGCAGCUGCGGUGCAACAGUCAAAUGUCAGUGAGUAUUUAUCUAAAAAACAGCAAGAAAGCCCUAAAGAACUGGGAUCUGUAUGGGCAGAACUUGAAGAACUUCACAACAAAAAAUUAUGGCAUCAGUUGACUCUCAAACUCCUCGCCUUCAUAAAGAAACCAGAGCUGCAGAAGGGAGACAACUUAAUUCAACUUUAUCACAAUUUCAUACAAACCUUCGAAAACAAAAUAAACCCUUUAUCUUUGGUAGAAAUAGUAGCCCUGGUAGUGGAGCAGUACAAAGACCCUAAAGAAGCAGUUACAUUUCUGGAGAAGACUGAGCCGAAAGUUAAAAUCAACCCUGAUGCCCAAAAUUUAUGUAAAGUUUUAGCAGGUCAAAUUCAUCUUGAAAAACUAAAUGAUUUAGAUGCCACAAAAAAGAUUAUAGAAGAAGUGGAAGCUACACUUGAUAAUGCAGAUGGGAUUACUGCCGUUCAUGGAAGGUUUUAUCUUCUUGCUUCUCAAUAUUAUAGAAUUCAAGGUGACCACGCUCAGUACUAUAGAACUGCCCUAAGAUAUCUUGGUUGUAUAGAUUUAGAAUCUUUAUCAGAAGAAAUUAAAGUGCAGCAUGCCUUUUUUUUGGGCCUGGCUGCUUUACUAGGAGAAGGAGUAUACAAUCUAGGAGAGCUUUUAGCCCAUUCAGUUUUGGAUUCUCUGAAAUCGACAGAAAAUGCCUGGUUGAUUGAACUGUUGUAUGCUUUCAAUUCCGGUGAUAUCAAUAAAUUCGAAUCUAUGAAAUCUCAGUGGGGAGCAAUAGCUGAUCUUGCUGCUCAAGAACUGUUCUUGAGGCAAAAAAUAUCACUUUUGUGUUUGAUGGAGAUGACCUUCAAAAGACCGUCCUAUAAUAGGCAGUUGACGUUUGCAGAAAUUUCAAGAGAAACAAAACUACCCAUUAAUGAAAUUGAGCUAUUGGUUAUGAAAGCUCUUUCCCAAGGACUUGUGAAGGGUGCUAUUGAUCAGGUUGCCAAUACUGUAAACAUGACCUGGGUACAACCCCGUGUUUUAAACCUCAUGCAGAUCUCUGGUAUGGUUGAGAGGUUCAACGAAUGGUGCGAACAUGUGGGCACCAUGGAAAACCUUUUAGAAGAAAAAGCCAGUGAAAUAUUAACUUUGUAGUAGGUACUAAUGAUAACAUGUUUUUUGGAUAUAAUUUCUAAAACAGUUGUGAAAAUUUGUGCAAAAGAGUAAAUAAAGUGUUGAUUCCUACUAUUUUUUAA